AUGACCGUAGACGUCCAUUUAGGAUCUGAGGGUCGCGCCGGCAUGCUUGCAAUCGUCGAUGUCAAGAAGACCAUCAACAUCGAAGGGUUCUACUCGCUUCUUUGCAACUAUCUUUCCCGGUACGCCGUUCCAAUUUUCAUGCACUUCUGCCAGGAUGAGGAAACGACCGGUCAGUGAAG